CUCUUCUCUCUCUCUCUGUGUCGGUGUCUCUGUCCGUGUGUCCGUCUCUCCCGGGGCCCGCGUUCACCGGAGCGGUGCGCGCUCUCCCGCAGGCGGUGCGCGGGCCGGUGCCAGCCGGGCGCUAUGGAGGGGCGGGGGCGGCGGGCCCCGGCUGGCCCCGGACUCCUGGGUCACCGGCUGCUGCUGGCCGUGGCGGCGGUGGCGGCCCUGGGGCUCCACUUCUGCGUUGGGACCUGCUCCGAACGGGACCUGGAGCUGCGGGAGGAGGAGGCCAACGUGGUGCUCACCGGGACGGUGGAGGAGAUUCUCAACGUGGACCCCGUCCAUCUCACCUACUCCUGCAAGGUGCGGGUUUGGCGCUACCUGAAGGGCAAGGAUGUGGUGACACACGAGAUCCUGCUGGAUGGGGGCAACAAGGUGGUCAUCGGGGGUUUUGGAGACCCCUUGAUCUGUGACAACCAGGUAUCCACUGGGGACACACGCAUCUUCUUUGUGAACCCCGUGCCCCGCACCGUGUGGCCGGACCACAGGCAUGAACUGAAGCUCAACUCCAGCCUCCUGCGUAUCACCCUGCGGAACUUGGAAGAGGUGGAACACUGCGUGGAAGACAAGCCUGGGAACCACUUCGCCCAGUCUCCCCCACCCCCGCCGGAUGCGUGCCGGGGGAUGCUGUGCGGCUUUGGCGCGGUGUGUGAACGGAGCGUGGCAGACCCGGCCCAGGCAGCCUGUGUGUGCAGGAAAAGUCCCUGUGCCCCGGUGGUGGCCCCCGUCUGUGGCUCUGAUGGCUCCACCUACAGCAACGAGUGUGAGCUGGACCGGGCCCAAUGCACCCAGCAGCGGCGUAUCAAGGUCGUCAGCAAAGGGCCGUGCGGCUCCCAGGACCCAUGCUCUAGCGUGACCUGCAGUUUUGGCAGCUCUUGCAUCCCUGCGGCCGACGGGCGGUCAGCCAGAUGCCUGUGCCCGGCAUCAUGCGAUGACGCGCCCGCGGGCACAGUAUGUGGCAGCGAUGGCCAGGACUACCCCAGCCAUUGCCGGCUGAGCCUGCACGCCUGCACCCACCACCGCAACAUCUUCAAGAAGUUCGAUGGACCCUGCGACCCGUGCCAUGGUGCCCUCAAUGAUCUGAACCGUGUGUGCCGCGUGGACCCUGGCACACGCCACGCUGCCAUGCUGCUGCGGCCCGAGAGCUGCCCUCCCCGGCGGGAGCCAGUGUGUGGAGACGAUGGCGUCACAUACGCCAGCGAAUGUGCCAUGGGAAGGACGGGGGCCUUGCGCGGCUUCGAGAUCCGCAGGGUCCGCAAGGGGCCGUGCCAGCCUCAAGACCAGUGCUCUGAGCCCUGUGCCUUCAACGCGGUGUGCCUGAACCGCCGUGGAGGCGCCCGCUGUUCCUGCGACCGAAUCGUCUGCGAUGGCACCUUCCGCCCACUCUGUGCCCAUGGCGGCCACACCUUCGACAACCUGUGCGAGCUACAGCGUGCCGAGUGUGCCCAGCGUGUCGCCAUCCCGGUCAAACAUGAUGGCCCCUGUGACCAGGACCCUCCCAGCCCCUGCCUUGAUGUCGAGUGCCCAUUCGGGGCCAGCUGUGUAGUCAAGAACGGACAGGCAACGUGCGAGUGCCCGCAGGGCUGUCCUGGGCUCUAUGACCCUGUGUGCGGCUCCGACGGUCUCACUUAUGGCAGUGCCUGCGAGCUGACCGCCAUGGCCUGUGUCCUCCAGAAGGAGAUCCACAUCCAGAAUCGGGGGGCUUGCGAUCGCUGUGGGUCAUGCCAGUUUGGUGCUAUCUGCGAGGCAGAGACUGGGCAUUGCGUGUGCCCCACGGAAUGUGUGCCCUCCGCCCAGCCCGUCUGCGGCUCUGACGGGCAAACCUAUGGCAGUGAGUGUGAGCUGCACGUCCACGCCUGCACCCAGCAGACCCCGCUCCGGGUGGUGGGCCAGGGCCGCUGUGAGACUUGUGGUGCCACAGUCUGCUCUUUCGGAGCCGUGUGUGUGGACGGCCAGUGUGAGUGUCCGCGCUGUGACCCUGAAGGGCAGGCGCCCUCCCCAGUGUGCGGCAGCGACGGGGUCACGUACUCCAGCGCUUGUGAGCUGCGGGCAGCUGCCUGCCGUCGGGCAGAGAAGAUUGAGGAGGCUCGGGCGGGGAGCUGCGAAGAUGAGUGCGGCUCAGGGGGCUCUGGCUCUGGUGACGGGGGUGAGUGUGAGCGGGAACGGUGCCGGCGGCUCGGGGGCCUGUGGGAUGAGGAUGCGGAGGACCAGGAUGACCGCUGCAUCUGUGACUUCUCCUGCCAGACCACUCUGCACAGUCCGGUGUGCGGCUCUGAUGGUGUCACGUAUGAGAAUGAGUGUGAGCUGAAGAAGAGGCGUUGUGAGAGACAGCUGGACCUUUAUGCCACUGCCCAGGGGGCCUGCCAGGCCUCCCCGACGCCGCCCCCACCCCUGCCCCUGCCCGUGCUGCCCUGCGCUCAGACCGUGUAUGGCUGCUGCCUGGACGGUGUCACCGCGGCCCUGGGCGUCGGCCUGGCCGGUUGUCCAAGCAGCUGCCAGUGCAACCUGUAUGGUUCCUAUGGGGGCGUCUGUGACCCAACUUCAGGACAGUGCUCCUGCCGACCUGGUGUGGGGGGCCCCCGCUGCGACCGCUGCGAACCAGGAUUCUGGAACUUCCGAGGCAUCGUCACCGAAGGGCUCAGCGGCUGCACCCCCUGUAACUGCUCCCCGAGGGGCUCGGUGCGGGAUGACUGUGAGCAGAUGACCGGUCUGUGCUCCUGCAAGGCGGGCGUCACGGGUAUGCAGUGCAGCCAAUGUUCCGAUGGCAGUGCCCUGGGUGCCAGUGGCUGCCAGGAAGACCCAUCUGCCCCAAAGUCCUGCACUGAGCUGAGUUGCAAGUUUGGGGCCACCUGUGUGGAGGUCGAUGGUUUUGCCCACUGUGCCUGCCCUUCACCCCUCUGCCCGGAGCCCAACGUGACCAAGGUCUGCGGUUCAGAUGGGGUGACCUAUGCGGACCGAUGCCAACUGCAGACCAUCGCAUGCCGCCAGGAGCAGGAGAUCUCUGUGAAGCACCUAGGGCAGUGCCAGGAAUCCGUGACUCAUGGAGCUGUGCCCACACAACCAGCCACAACCAUACCCAUAGCUCUGCCCACACAGCCCCCGGACCAUCCCCACCCCCGGGCCCCGAGACCCACAGCCCAGGACCCUGAGCCCCCAGCAGAGCCCAAGGUGCCAGAGCCAGGGGCCACAGUGCCAAGGACCAGGCCGCCCGGGACCACUCCCCAUCCGUGGCCCGCCACCCGACGGAUCACCACAGCCCGGCCCUCCACCCCGGCCUGGACCACAGCUCGCCUGCCCAUCCAGGCCCGGACCACGGCUUGGCCGCCCCUGAGUGCUCCCAUGGUAUUGACCCCGCCCCCACCACCAACAUUCAGCGAGUCAGAGUCAGGCAGCGCGGAAGGCAGUGGAGAUGAGGAACAAAGUGGUGACCGGGAGACCAGUGGAAUGGGAUCUGCAGGGCAGGAGGAAGAGAAAGAGAGGGAAGAAGAGAGCAGGACAGUGCCCACACCCGCUGUAGAGAGAGCUUCAUGCUACAAUACGGCCCUGGGCUGCUGCUCAGAUGGGAAGACAGUGGCCGUGGAUACCGAGGGGACCAACUGCCCAGCUACCAAGGUGUUCCCGGGGGUCCUCGUGCUGGAGGAGGUGGAGGGACAGGAACUGUUCUACACUCAGGAGAUGUCGGACCCCAAGUCUGAGCUGUUCGGAGAGACAGCCCGGAGCAUUGAGGGCGCGCUCGAUUACCUGUUCCGAAACUCGGACGUCAAAAAAGACUUCCGCAGCGUCCGGCUGCGGGACCUGGGGCCAAGCGGCUCUGUCCGCGCCAUCGUGGAUGCCCACUUCGACCCCACCACAACCUUCACUGCCCCCGAUGUGGCUCGGGCCCUGCUCAAGCAGAUCAGAACGUCCAAGAAGAAGGCCAUUGUGGUGAAGAAGCCACAGCAAGAACACGUGAAAUUCAUGGACUUUGACUGGGUGCCCACACUUUUCACCACCACGGCCACUACUACAGCCAGCGGCACCACGAGCCCUCAUCGGACCACCCGUCCCCCGGGGACGCCCCGGGCCUUGUCCCCAGGCCAUCUUCCGGCCACCACCCCCCACCAUCUAACUGCCACCAGCCGGCCCACCCCUCAGCCCUGUGACUCGCACCCCUGUCUCCACGGGGGCACCUGCCACAAUGAGGGCAAGGACUUCACCUGUGACUGCCCAGCUGGCUGGGGGGGUGCUGUCUGUGAGCAAGCUGUGCACUAUUCGAUCCCGGCCUUCGGUGGCCAGUCGUACCUGGCCUUCCGGGUUCUGCGGGCUUACCACACCGUGCGGGUGGCCAUGGAGUUCCGGGCCACGGAGCCGCAGGGCCUCCUGCUGUACAACGGGCAGAAUCGGGGCAAAGACUUCAUCUCCCUGGCGCUGGUGCGGGGCUUUGUGGAGCUCAGGUUCAACACAGGGUCGGGCACGGGCACGGUAACCAGCAAGGUGCCUGUGGAGCUGGGCAAGUGGCACCAGCUGGUGGUGAGCCGGAACCGGCGCAGUGGGUCCCUAUCUGUGGAUGGAGAGCCCCCCGUGACCGGCGAGAGUCCCAUUGGCACUGACGGCCUGGACCUGGACACUGACCUGUUUGUGGGCGGGGUGCCAACUGACCAGUUGGCUGUGGUGUCUGAGCGCACAGCGGCCACGGCUGGCCUCAAGGGUUGUGUCCGCCUGCUGGAUGUGAACGACCGGGGCUACGAGCUGCAAGAAGAAGGCAGUGAUGUCCUCUAUGGCUCUGGCGUUGGCCAGUGUGGGGACAACCCCUGCCAGCCUCACCCCUGCCACCAUGGGGGCACCUGCCACAUCCUGGAGGCUGCCAAGUUCCACUGUUUCUGUCUGCCUGGCUACACUGGUCCCACCUGCGCUGAUGAACACGACCCCUGCCAGCCCAGCCCGUGCCACGGAGCUGCCACCUGCCUGGUGCUGCCUGACGGGGGGGCCAAGUGCAAGUGCCCCAUGGGGCGUGAGGGCGAAUUCUGCCAGAUGGUCACAGAUCAGGACCAGGAGUUGGGUCACACUGUACCCUUCCUCCCCGAGUUCAAUGGCUUCUCCUUUCUGGAGCUGAAAGGGCUUCACACCUUUGGGGGUGAUGUAGGGAAGAAGAUGGCAAUGGAGGUCAUCUUCCUGGCCAAGAGCCCCAGUGGCCUCCUGUUUUACAAUGGGCAGAGGACGGAUGGGCGGGGAGACUUUGUGUCCCUGGCACUACACGACGGGCACCUAGAGUUCCGCUACGACCUGGGCAAAGGGACAGCCGUCAUCCGGAGCCGGGAGCUUAUUACCCUGGACACCUGGACCAGCGUCUCCCUGGAAAGGAAUGACCGGAAGGGUGUCCUGCGGGUCAACGGUGGGGAGAGAGUCCUGGGCGAGUCACCGAAAUCCCGUAAGGUACCCCAUACAUCCCUUAACCUGAAGGAGUCACUAUUCGUUGGGGGCGCCCCUGACUUCAGCCAGCUGGCCCGGGCAGCUGCCCUAUCCUCCGGCUUCCAAGGGGCCAUCCAAUGGAUCUCCCUCCAGGGGAUCCCGCUGCUGACCAAGGCGAACGUCCAGGCGGCUGCUGCAGUCUCCCAGUUCCAUGGCCACCCCUGCACACGGGCACCGGGCCAGCCUUGUUACCAUGGUGGCCUGUGCCUUCCCAGGCUGGACACCUAUGAGUGCCAGUGCCUGAGGGGCUUCUCGGGGGGGCACUGUGAGCAAGUGCUCAUCGAGAAGUCAGCCGGAGACCCAGAGGCCAUUGCCUUUGAUGGUCGGACAUCCAUUGAGUACCACAAUGCAGUGACCUCAAGUGAGAAGGCCCUGCAGGCCAACCAUUUCGAGCUGAGCAUCAAGACGGAAGCCACCCAGGGGCUCGUGCUUUGGAGUGGGAAGGCCACAGAGCGGGCCGACUACAUCGCUCUGGCCAUCGUUGAUGGCCACCUGCACAUGUCCUACGACCUCGGCUCCAAGCCUGUCGUGCUCCGCUCCACGGUGCCAGUCAACACCAACCGCUGGGUGCGGGUCAAGGCUCACAGGGUACACAGGGAAGGGACCCUGCAGGUCGGCAAUGAAGCCCCCAUCACCGGCUCUUCCCCGCUGGGGGCCACCCAGCUGGACACGGACGGGGCCCUGUGGCUGGGAGGAGUGGAGAAGCUGACCGUUACCCACAGGCUGCCCAAGGCCUACGGCACCAGCUAUAUUGGCUGUAUCCGAGAUGUGCUGGUGGAUGGCAGAGAGCUGCACCUUGUGGGUGACGCCGUGAACAAGCCCACGAUAUUACAGUGCUCAGCCAAAUAGCGCCUGCCCGGCCCCAGGCCUGGGCCCCUGCCCCCCGUCCAGCCCCCUGCCCCACCCCACCGCCACCACCGGCUACUGUAAUUAUUUUCUAUUUUUGUAAACUCUCACUUGUUUUUAUAUCAUUUGUUAUUUGCCCAUGGGUUGGAGACAGAGGACCCUUACCUGCACGCCUGGGGCAUUGGGGUUAUGUGGGGUCUCUGACUUUUGACCCUGGCCGCGGGACCUCCGGGGUCACGGUAGAACAGAAGCCAGCGAGAUUCAUCCAGCAGGAGAAGGUCCCAGGGUUUUCAAGGGGACAUCAAGGACACAGGGGACAGCAGAAGUUCUUCCGUGGGGCUUUUCUCGACCUUCUCCGACUCCCAUUUUCUUCUUCCAUUUUGCCCCCAACCCCGAGUAGGGUGAGGGAGGUAGCCGGGCUGACCAUGGCAACGACCUUCGCUUCCGUCUGGUGUUCAGAGUUGGCCGUCCGACCCCAGCCCGGCCCCUUGGCUUGAAGCGGGGUGGUCAGGGGUAGCCAGAAAGCCAGGUGGUCCACUCACCCCUCCUUCCGCUCCUUUGCCACAGCCUCUGUCCCCUUCUGAUUUGUGUUUGUAAUUUAUGUGUGUAAGAGUCUGACUGUAUUUGGGGAUUUUUAAUGCACUGCUUACCCCCCUGUCCCCACCCUAACCCUCAGGCCCGUGUGUACCAUUUCAGAGCCAGGGCCCCGACCCCAGCCCCCCUCCAUCCCGCCAGGUCCCAGCUCUCUGCAUUUGAUGGGGGCAGGGGCUGACUGUUCCCCCUCCCUCCACCAGGCCCAGUCCUCAGCCCAGCAGCUGGGACAUCUAUUUUUAGCCAGACGUGCCCCAGCCCGACCUGGCUUGUCCCUGCUGCGGCAGCUAAAGCCCCCUCCCCUCUGUGCCCCUUCCUACCACCCCCCAGGGAUGGGGAGAAUCAACCCAGUGCAGAGAGCUUUCUCUGCCCAUGCUCCUGCCGCUCUCACCUCUGCCACAUCUGCAGCCCAGCCUGCUAGAGAACUCACAGAGAUCUGACCUGGCCUAAUCUGGCCUGACCCCAGAGACGCCUUCCGAUUCUCUGACUCUGAGGCGACUCUAUGUAGGGACCAAAGCCAGAGCUGCUGUUGCCCCCUAUGUACCGGACUGUUUCUUCCCACUCCAACUCCCUGUCCCCCUCCCACCUUCUCCACCUUCACAUGUGUCUACAUGCAUGUUCAGUCCAUUCAGCCCUGCCCACCGUAGGGUCCGCAGGAAGGUUACUACUGUAUUUGCUCAUGACCAACCACCCCACUUCCUGGCCUCACCCCGACUUGAGGGCUCUGAUGGGCUGGUUUCAGCCUGAGCAAUUCCUCAUCGUCCCACCUGUGCCCGGGUUUUGGCUUGGAAAGUGCUGGCCGCUGGGAGAUGGUGGGUAUGUGAGUAAUUACAGUAAUCACAUCUGCCUAUUUCUUCAAGCAGAGCGAACCCCCCCACCCCUGGGAGUUGGGAAGCACCAAACUCUAGGAUGACAAGGGUGGGAGUGGGGGCCAGACACUGAUGUCUUUUAGCCAUCCAGGCUCAGGGAGCCCUUGAGGGCUACAGCUAGCCCCCUUGACUUUACCCCUUAGCCGGAUGCUGUUUCCCAUGAAAAAUCCCUCUCAACCUCACCACUUCUAUGGUUGUUCCCCACCCCCCCAGAAGGGCGGGGGGGCUAGCCCAUUAAAGUGAAACCCUAAAUCCCCCUCAGUCUGCUGCCCAGAUCCAGCCCGCCAGGGGCUCGCUGCAUAGUGGAGGGUUCUUGAGUGGCAACCGGGGUCAGGACAGGGAAGUAGGGGUCAGUUUUUAAGGGAGGUCCCAGGGUGGGGGGUGGGGGGG